UCCUAUGUCUGAAAAUGGCGCUUUCUUGUGCGAUUUCUAAUGAAGUUCCGGAACACCCGGUCGUAUCUCCUGUAUCAGGCUCUAUAUUUGAAAGACGUUUAAUUGAAAAGUAUGUAACAGAGAAUGGGGUGGAUCCUAUUACUGGAAAGGAGUUGGCUAUUGAUCAACUUAUCGACAUUAAAACCACUCCAAUAGUUAAGCCUAAACCACCAAGUGCCACAUCCAUUCCAGCUAUUUUAAAGAUUCUACAAGACGAAUGGGAUGCUGUAAUGUUACACUCAUUUACCCUUAGGCAACAACUUCAGACAGCCCGACAAGAAUUAUCUCAUGCUCUAUACCAACAUGAUGCAGCAUGCCGUGUAAUUGCUAGAUUGACAAAAGAAGUAACAGCUGCCAGAGAAGCUUUGGCUACUUUGAAACCACAGGCUGGAAUUGUCCAAGCUACUACUAUUCCACAACCUGCUGUUGCUGUUGAAGCUGGUGGCACUGCUGCUCAGCCCAUGGAACAAGCUGGUAUUACCGAUGAUGUGAUACAAAAGCUUCAAGAAAGAGCUACAGUGCUCACUCAGGAACGAAAACGUCGCGGACGUUCAGUUCCUGAAGAUUUGCUUCCACAAGAUAGUAUUCGCGCGUUUCAGACGCUUGCAUCUCAUCCUGGUCUCCAUUCUGCUAGUGUGCCUGGAAUACUUGCACUAGAUAUACACAGUGCAGAUACUAGCAAGAUUUUAACAGGUGGUGCUGAUAAAAGUGCUACAGUAUUUAACAAAGAUACAGAACAAGUUGUUGCAAUACUGAAAGGACACACCAAAAAAGUUACUCGUGUAAUUUAUCAUCCAGAAGAAGAUAUAGUAAUGACCGCAUCGCCUGAUACCACAAUACGAGUAUGGAAUGUCGGAACUAGUCAGACAACAUUGUUGUUGAAAGCUCACGAUGCUCCUGUAACUGGACUAUCUUUACAUCCAACAGGCGAUUAUUUAUUAAGCUCGUCGUUAGAUCAGCAUUGGGCGUUUUCGGACAUACGUACUGGCAGAUUAUUAACUAAGGUUGCUGGCCAAGUUAGCCAACCCCUUACUACAGCGCAGUUCCAUCCUGACGGAUUGAUUUUCGGUACUGGUACUGCAGAUUCUCAAGUGAAGAUUUGGGAUUUGAAAGAGCAGUCGAAUGUAGCUAAUUUCCCGGGUCAUUCGGGACCAAUUACGGCGAUUAGUUUCUCCGAGAAUGGUUAUUACUUAGCUACAGCCGCUGAGGAUUCGUGCGUAAAACUUUGGGAUUUGCGUAAAUUGAAGAAUUUUAAAACACUUCAAUUAGAAGAAUCGUAUGAAGUCAAAGAUAUUUGCUUUGAUCAAAGUGGAACAUAUCUAGCAGUAGCUGGCACAGACGUGAGGGUAUACUUGUGCAAACAGUGGCAAGAACUGAAAGUUCUUAAUGAUCACACAGCCGCUGCAACCGGUGUUCGUUUUGGAAAACAUGCACAGUACAUAGCUUCUACUAGUAUGGACAGAACAUUAAAACUUUAUGGACUACCUUGAAUGCAUAGUAAC